AUGCAGACAUUCGGCACCUUCUUCGUUGCCAUCCUCGCCGCCACUGGCUACGCGGCCGUGGUGCCUACCAAGAUCGGUAUCCCUGAUCAGGGCACAUUCUCUGUGCGCGCAGUGCCCAACCCAGGUUUCCAGCACAGGAACGGUGCCAUCGCCCUCGCCAAGGCUUACAACAAGUUUGGCAAGGCGGCACCUGCUGAUGUUGCUGCCGCUGCCGCCAAUGCCACCGAGAGCCGUUUGUCAAAGCGUACCACCGGUUCAGCCACGACUUCCCCCGAGGCCAACGAUGUCGAGUACUUGACCCCUGUGCAGAUAGGCACGCCGGCACAGAACCUCGUUCUCGACUUCGACACUGGUUCUAGUGAUCUCUGGGUUUUCAGCACUGAGCUCCCGAGCUCUCAGGUCAACGGACAGACUCGGUAUAACCCCGCCUCUAGCUCGACCUCAUCGAAGGUUGCCGGUGCCAAAUGGUCCAUUAGCUAUGGCGAUGGUAGCAGCUCCAAUGGCGAUGUGUACCUGGACAAGGUGACCAUUGGUGGCCUUACCGUGAAGAAGCAGGCUGUUGAGGCUGCCCAGAAGGUUUCCAGCUCUUUCACCUCGGAUCCGCUCGAUGGUCUUCUGGGCCUCGCCUUCAGCUCUAUCAACACUGUUUCUCCCUCGCGGCAGUUGACCUUCUUCGACAAUGCAAAAUCCACUCUGGAUGCUCCCUUGUUCACUGCUGAUCUGAAGCACGCUGCGGAUCCAGCCGGCAAGUACAACUUUGGUUAUAUUGACAAGACCGCCUACAAGGGUGCCAUUACCUACACCAAUGUCGACAACAGCGACGGCUUCUGGUCCUUCACCUCUACCGGUUACCAGGUCGGAACUGCAGCCUUCAAGUCCUCUCCCGUCACCGGCAUUGCUGACACCGGUACCACGCUGCUCCUGCUCCCCACCUCCGUCGUCUCGGCCUACUACGCACAGGUCAGCGGCGCCAGGUACGACAGCUCGCAGGGUGGCUACGUCUUCAGCUGCAGCGCUACCCUCCCUGCCUUCACCUUUGGCGUCGAGUCUGCGCGCAUCAAGAUCCCCGGAAGCUACAUCAACUUUGCCCCCGUUGACGACUCAGGCUCUGUUUGCUUCGGCGGCAUUCAGCGCAACACGAACAUUGGCUUCUCCAUCUUCGGCGAUGUGGCUCUCAAGGCCGCUUUCGUUGUCUUCAACGGUGGUGACCUGACUCUCGGUUGGGCUUCGAAAUAA